GAAGACUUACGUACAUCUCUCGCCUACAUCCUUGCACUUCAGAAUGCAUCAUUAGAUGAUUCCGGUACCGGUCUAAGUCCAGAUGCUACCGAGAGACUCAGGAAUCCACCUAAUCACCCAUUUUCCAUCGACGACGACCCUGAACUCAAACUUGCUGUCCGUCUGUACCUCGCACUCAACAAUGCUGAUGAUGACUACACGAAAGCAGCCUCUGCGAUCAAGGAGUAUAAUAAUGACAUAGAGCUUCCUUCACACUGUCAGAUUAAGUCCCUUGUUUCACAAAUCACUGGAGUCGAGGAGAUGAAGCACGACAUGUGUCUUAACACGUGCAUUGGCUUUACUGGCCCUUUUGCAUCUCUCGACCAUUGUCCAGAGUGC